GACACUGAUUGUUCAGGUUCUCAGGUCUGUUGCAACCAUGUUGGUUUUCUCUUGGUCUCUUUUGGCCUUGCUGCUUGUGUCCUCCUCCUCGGCUGAGGAUGAGGUUGCUACCAUGGAGGAGGACACAUCCAGGGAACUGUCUGUUGGUGAACUGCUGGAGAGAGCUAACAGAGACCGCACCCCUGACUUUGAUGAGCCCACCCUGAUCGGAGGAGACAUUGCUAUCAAGUCUGAGGCUGACAGAAACGCUGACCCCUGCACCUCUAGGGGCUGCCUUUGGGAAAAGUGGAGUGAUGGGAAGGUCUACAUCCCAUACUACAUUGCCAAUCACUUCUCCUCCCGUGAGAAGGCCAUCAUCACUCGUGGACUGGAGUCCUUUUCUUCAGUUUCCUGCAUCCGUUUCAGACCCUACCAGAACGGUGAUCAUGAAUGGCUGAGCAUUGAGUCCAGGAAUGGCUGCUACUCAUACGUAGGUCGUCAGGGUGGUGCUCAGACUGUGUCCCUGAGUCGUCAGGGUUGUCUGUACCACAGCACAGUCCAGCAUGAGCUGCUCCACGCCCUCGGCUUCAACCAUGAACAGACUCGCUCUGACAGAGACAGCUACAUUAGGGUGUACUGGGAAAACAUCAUUGAUGGCAUGGCGUACAACUUUGAUAAGAUUAACACUCUUAACCAGGGAACCUCUUAUGACUACAACUCUGUCAUGCAAUAUGAGAGGUACGCCUUCUCCAAGAACAACCGUCCCACUAUGGUUCCAAUUCCCAACAGCAAUGUAUCCCUUGGCCAGGCCACCCAGAUGAGCAAGAAUGACAUUGACAGACUGAACAGGCUGUAUAAGUGUUAAACUGCAAGUGACCUUUGACCUGCUGCCUGGAUGACAUCACAGCAGAUGAAGGCAAUGAGGACGUUGGGCAGAUGGAUGUUUGAGUGUUCCUGAAACAAUAAACUUGCAUACUUCAGAUCAUAAA